ACCAUGACAUUCCCUCGAUCCCCAGCGUUUAGAAUGUCUUUAUCUGUCCGUCAAAUCAUCAGCCCUUACGGUCAUCUUCCCAGUAUCUCAUCACGGCAGCAGCGCGUUUCGAUCUUCCACCAACACGCGAACACCCAGGCUAGCAAUGACAGAAGCUUCAAAAGAAGAGCAGCAGGGGAGAACAAGUCCGGACUCGGCAAGCUUCGAGAAAGAGCCCAUCCACACAUCAUCAGAUCGUGCGUCCGCCACCGACGAUGCGCAACCAAAGACAGAAGGCACUACCGACGUCGACGUCGAGGCCGGGACCAGCAACGAUGACCCGGCAAGCGAGACAGACCCCAACAUCGUAGACUGGGAAGGACCAGACGACCCCGAAAACCCCAAGAAUUGGCCGGACUCGAGAAAAUGGACUAAUAUCGCGGUGCUGUCGACAUUGACCCUCGUGACCCCUCUGGGAUCUUCUAUGUUCGCGCCUGGCAUCCCCGGCAUCAUGGUUGAGUUCCACAGCUCCUCAGCAACGACAGCAACGUUCCUCGUCUCCAUUUACGUCCUCGGUUUCGCAUUUGGGCCCCUCUUCGUCGCGCCCCUGAGCGAAGUGUUGGGCCGGAGACCGCUCUACUUUUGGGGGAAUGUGUUGUUUGCCAUCUUCUCCGCCGGCACGGCACUGAGCAACAGCAUCGGCAUGAUGAUGGCCUUUCGACUGCUCAUGGGUCUUGCCGGCUCUGUGCCGAUAACGAUUGGCAGCGGCAGUAUUGCUGACAUCAUGCCCAUUGAGAAACGCGGGAGGGCUAUGUCGGCGUGGGCUAUGGGUCCCCUUCUCGGACCUUGCGUUGGGCCUGUGGCUGGGGGAUAUUUGAUCCAGGCGGCUGGAUGGAGAUGGGUGUAUUGGUUGGUUGUCAUAAUGUCCGGCAUCUUCAUCCCCUUCUCCUGGUUCCUCCUCCGUGAAACCUUCGCUCCCAUCCUACUGGAAAACAAGGCAAAAGCACUCCGAAAGUCCACAGGCAACCCGGACCUGCGAAGUAAGCUCGCCGAUUACGUCAACCCCAAAGAGCAGUUCAAAACCGCCUUCAUCCGACCCUUGAAGCUUCUCCUCAUAACCCCCAUCGUCACCCUGAUGGCUCUAUACAUCGCCAUCACCUACGGCAUACUCUACCUUCUGAUCACCACCUUCUCCUUCGUCUUCACCGAACACUACGGCUUCGAUGAAGGCACCAACGGCCUGACGUUCUUACCUGCGGGCAUCGGCAUGAUGAUCGGCGUCGCAGGCUUCGGACAGCUCAGCGACUACAUGGUUAAACGGAACAUGGCCAAGGGCGUCACUCACCAGCCCGAAGUGCGGCUCUUGCCCACGUUGACCAUCCCGAAUGGCUUGGCUCUGCCCGUUGGCCUCUUCAUCUACGGUUGGACGACAGAGUAUGGUGUUCACUGGAUCGUACCCAUGAUCGGCGUCGUCCUCUUCAGUGCCGGGCUGAUGGGCAUUAUGAUGUGUGUCCAAAACUACCUGCUAGACACGUACCCCAAUUAUGCAGCCUCCGUCACUGCGGCGAUGACGGUGAUGAGGUCGCUCCUGGGAGCCCUUAUCCCAUUAGGAGGUCUUGAGAUGUACAAUGCGCUAGGCCUUGGAUGGGGCAACAGUCUGCUUGCAUUCAUCGCAUUGGGACUUGUGCCGAUACCCGUCGUCUUCUAUAUCUUUGGCGAGCGUAUCAGGGGCAAAUUCAACCCUAAAUUGUAAUUUUGUCUGAGAUAUUGGGAAAUUCUACGCAGAAUGACAUGGGGUGUAGACAGAGCAUAGACAGAGCAUAGAUGCGACACCGUACAUUAUUAGAGACAUAAUUUUUACCUACCA